UGUACAUAUCAGUAGUUACAUGAACUUACAUCAGAUUUAUGUGCUACUAUCCUAGAUAUCAUUAAUCGAUCUGUGUAGCUUCUCUACUGCUAAGCACAUACCUACCUACUUUCAUACUUGUAUGAAUUUUUUCUAGUAGUUCGCCUAGACUUAUUCAUUAUAUAUGACUUACAAAAUCAUAUGUACAUGAUCGCAGGUUUGAAUUCAUAGGCUCUUAUAAUGCCUCCAAAAUUCAGAGCAGGCAAUCGGCAAGGGCCACCUAGAGGAAGAGGCGGCAGAGGCGGCAGAGGUGGAAGAGGUGGCGGACCAACGGGGAAGAGAACUUAUGGGCGUACCCCCAAGUUCGACAGCGCUAGACUUGCAGAAAUUGAAGAUGUACCAGAGGAGGAAUCUGAGGAAGAUUCGCCCUCGCCAGAUGAAAUAUCUGAAAAUGACGACUCAGGGUCGGAAGACGAACAGGAUCAACCAGUCAACAAGCCAUACUUGGCUUUAAUGCAAAGUCUAUCAAAGGAGUCGGCUCCUAGCGCUAAAAGGAGAAAACUUGACCAUCAAUCUGAAGAAGCCAAGUCAAGUACCACUAAGCCUGAAUCUGAACAGGAGGUGGAAGCAGAAGAGGACGAGGAACGAGACAUUGAUCAUGUAGAUGAGCCAGAGGAAGGGCCCGAAAAUGAGAUCAUAGUUGAUGAUGAUGAUGAUGAUGACGAGGAUAUACCAGACUCGUCCGACCCAUUUGAGACCCAUUUCGUCGAUCCUGAUCAGGAUGUGUUGCAAACCCGCUUGAAAUCAAUCCAGGCCAACGAAUAUUCUCAAUCGCAUUCAGAGCAGAACGGCUGGAGACUCAUAAGAAACCUACCAGGAAAGGACACCACACAAGUGGCACCUCUCCCACCCUUGAUACUAGGGCCUUCCGGUCUCAAGCUCAAACAGAAACUUAUCGAGCCAGCUAGUCGGAAACGCUCCACCUAUGACAAGCUCGAGCAGGUUCUUUAUCCUUUAACAUUUUCCUAUAAUGAUGUCCUAUUCUGUGGGCGAACAACGAAGAAUGCAGAAGAUUUACGACGGAUGGCAUGUCUGCAUAGUGUCAAUCACAUUUUCAAAACUCGGGAUCGAGUCAUCAAAAACAAUGCUAAGCUCGCAAAGGAGGGCGAAAAUACUGACUUUGAGCCAAGGGAUCAGGGGUUUACACGCCCAAAAGUCUUGAUGAUUGUACCAACACGUAAUUCGGCCGUCAAGAUGGUAAAUACAAUCUGUUCAAUAUGCGAGCCAGAGCAGCAGGAGAACAGAAAGCGUUUCGAUGACUCAUACCUAGACAAAGAGGCCAAAUUCGCGUCGGACCGACCUGAAGACUUUCGAGAGCUCUUCGAAGGCAACGACGAUGACAUGUUCCGCAUCGGUGUAAAAUUCACGAGGAAAACCAUCAAGUACUUCUCGCAGUUUUACAACUCGGACAUUCUAAUAGCUUCUCCCCUGGGUCUACGCAUGGCAAUUGGGUCCGAAGAGGACAAGAAGCAAAAGAAGGUAGACUUUGACUUCCUCAGCUCCAUCGAGGUCGUCAUCGUCGACCAAGCCGACGCCCUACUCAUGCAAAACUGGGAGCACGUCGAGUAUAUCUUCGAGCACCUCAACCAGCAACCCCGCGAGGCCCACGACUGCGACUUCAGCCGCGUUCGCGAAUGGUACCUCGACAAGCAGGCCCACAACUUCCGACAGACGCUCGUGUUCUCAGCCUUCAGCACCCCCGAGCUCGUGGAGCUGCACCGCCGCUUCGGCGCCAACUGGGCCGGCCGCGUGCGCGUGCAACCCGCCUCAUACGGCGGCGCCAUCGAGGACCUCGGCGCCGUCGUCAAGGCCAAGCAAACCUUCUCGCGGUUCGAAGCCCCCUCUGUCGCCGCCGAGCCCGACGCCCGCUUCGACUACUUCACGAGCGCCAUCCUGCCCGCCCUCACAAAACGCCGCGACGCCUCCGCCAGCGGAACCCUCGUGUUCGUGCCGUCGUACCUCGACUUCGUCCGCAUCCGCAACUACCUCGCCACCUCGCCCAACUGCUCGGGCCUCACCUUCGGCGCCGUGUCCGAGUACACAGAGGUGUCGGAGGCCUCGCGCGCGCGCUCCCACUUCCUCAACGGCCGCCACCAGGUCCUGCUGUACACGGAGCGCGCGCACCACUUCCGGCGCUACGUCUUCCGCGGCGUGCGCCGCGUGCUGCUGUACGGGAUCCCCGACAACCCGGUCUUCUACCGCGAGAUCGUGGGGGGGUUUCUCGCCAAGAGUGAGCAGGAGUCGCGGCUUGAGCCGGGCAAGGGGUCGGCGAGGGCGCUGUUCUCGAGGUACGAUGUGCUGAAGCUCGAGAGGGUGGUGGGGUCCAAGAGAGUGGGGAGGAUGGUGAGGGAGAAGGGGGAUACUUUUGAUUUUAUUUGAAAGGGGGGGAAGAAAAGGAAAACGUGGUUGGAAAGGGGGUAGGUAGGUACCUUGGUAAAGAGAGUUAAAAUAAUAAAGAGCUACGAGGACUGGGAUUACGAGACGUAGCUUAUAAUGAGAGUUGGAGAGAGCAUGCAUCGAUGUGUACUUGGACGCCUGGAUGUGUUAUACA